AUGAAAUGUUGUGGUGGUUCUGGCUUAUCAACAGGAAGAACAUGGUGGGUUAGUGACAUAUCGUGGACAACAGAUAGUUUGUUAUUGAUUGGUAUUACUCGUAAUGGCGCAUUGUUUAUAACAUCAAAACUCGGGGAGCCUGUCAAACUCGUCACAACAGGUCAUGGUAUGAAUCUAGGACCAAGUCUUUUUCUGUCCCUCCAUCCACGCAUUACUGUAAAAUCUUUCCAGGAAAAUAUUCCACCUGAAAAUUCCGAGAUAUCAUCCGGUUCGGAGAAGGAUAUUUUCCAUCAGAAGUUCUCGGUUUGUGUUCAUCCCAGCCAGCCUCUUAUGUUGUGCUCUGAUGGAUAUAUGGUUACCAUAUUCGAUUUAAACUCAAAGCCUGAUUAUAGCGAACUCAUUACAAAAUUAACUAAAGAUGCCACACGAUUUCUGUCCAGCGAUUCAACUUUACACGAGUCAGAAAAUACAACUUUGGAGAAAAGCGUCACCGACGUGACCGCUGCUAGCACGUUUAUGGCGAAAUAUGGAAAGGAUGUUGGUGAACAUAGCUCACCUGGAAGCACGUUAUCAGAAACAGCAACAGGUUUUGGGAUUGUGCAAGAUAUUGAAGCUGGUGUAAUUACAUUCGGUGACACGGAGGAUAACAAGUGUAGCUUUCUCAACGUUGAGGAAAUGAGUGUCAAGCAGAAAAUAAUGAAAGCAGAAAGCAUUAUUUUACAAGGAUUCGGAAUAGGGACAUCAUGUGGGAUACACUGGUCAGCAAACAUGCAUGUGGCUUUAAACUUGCUCAUUCAUACGUGGGUUAAAUUGUUAACAAUUUUACUGGAAGAUGAAAGCCAUUGCGGUCUGGCGAAUAAUGAUGCGUUGCUUCACAACAUUGCAUCAUUUGUUCAGUCCUGUUUUGAAGCUUUUCGUUGGGAUGUGAUUUACCAACACUGUUUACCAUGGUUAACUCAGUUCGUUCAUUCCACCAUAAAAUGCUUGGUUAGUUCAAACAAGUUUGAUUUUCAAGAUAUAAUUGAUUUAUGUAAGACGAUAUUGCGGAUGGCAGAAGUCUUUCUUCGUGAAAUAUACUCGUGGGCAGCUGCUGGUAACUGCACUAGUUCGCAUUUCUUAGGCGACAACUAUUCGCCGUCAUUUGACAAAUGUUCUGAACCUUGUUCUCAUUAUGGCGGUCCAACCAUUGAGAAAUGCGUUAAUCACGACUGCAAGUUAGAUCAAUCAUGGUUAACCUUGUACCAUUAUGUAUGUAAGAAAUACAAAUCAAACCUCAAGACUGGGGUUCGAAAGACGCACACUUCUGAUGAAAGAUUGCUUCAGAUCCUUUGCUGGAUUCAGAGAAAACUGCAAGCCAUGAACUCGUCAAGAAAUCUUACUUUGCCAAUAAGUUUAGAAAGUCUGUCUGAUCAAGGAUACAAGAUGUACUUAGAUGGAAACUACAAGCAGGCUGUUGACCUUUUGGAAAGAUCUUUUCAUGAAAACAACAAAGAAAUUUGUUUAUCCGAGGUGAAGGAUUUUGUCACAUCUUCUUCUUUGGAAUUAAAUCAACCUGAUUCAUUAGGGCGGCGACGUCUGUCAAGUUUCGGCGCUUCUCUGAUAGAGGAAGACCUUUUCUCGAAGUUAUCAGCAGAUAUAGAGACUCUGUUGACUAUAUUGUAUAUCAACCUGGAGAACUAUGAUCUCAAAGCAGCUUUAGGCUUAGUUUAUUCAUUUAUUGAUACAACUCGCGAUGUUAAUCUUCGGGAUAUCUUAAACACAACGUACGAAGGAAAUCAAGCACUCAUUACUGUCGAUGAUACGGAAGUUAAAGUAACAUCCUCGUCUUCGUUAAAGAUGGUACAGAUGUCAGUGUUAGUGAAAUAUCCCCUUGCCUGGAUUACAGAUAAUCGUGGGAUACCUGUUGUUCAACAGUUAGCAAGAUUUAUGACUUGUUAUUUCACAAACCUACCCCUUGUCAUACCAAAGCCGUUUCGGUCUCAAACAACAACAACUUGUUUCAAUGAAUCAUGCGAAGAUGUCAUCCCCUCAACCCACACUUCUACCAUAAAGAAUCUUUCUCAACAAAGAUUGACAGAAGUUAUUAGUCAACAAAAACUCGAACAUCUUUGGACCGCUGAUCACACAAUGGAAAUGUUACUUGUUUCUGGUUUACUUGGAGAAGCCGCGUGGUUUGCAAAUUGUUUAGGGGACUGGAAGAUAGCAUUUCUUUUGUCUGUGACGGAGCAAUUUCGAAUGAGAAACGAACGAUAUGUUAAGAAGUCAUAUGAUCAUGCAAAGAUGGCCAUUGAGGUGCCUGAACCAAAACGGUUAAUGAAGGAAAGAAUACAUACUAUUUUGAAACUUGAUGGAAAUUUUAUGGAAGGUGAUGUUGUUGAUGGAACACGAGAGAUAUUUGACGAUGAAGGUAUAUCCAACCUGCGAAAUCUUUUGGAAGCCAGCGUGAUUACAGAACUCAACCUUGUUCCCGAGAUAAUCAAACAAUUGAUUGUGAUAUUAAGAAAGAUUAUUUCAAAACUUGAUUGGAUGGUUCCACAAGAUCUUUAUUUGCCUGCACCACCAUUAUACUGCCCUCAGCCAGCAAGAAAUGAUGGGGAUGUUUUAAGUGAAGAAACACGCAAAGAAAUUUCCUUACGAAGUGAGAUCGCCAUUAUUGUUCAGAAAAUUUUAGCAAUGUACAGAGCUUCAAGUUGUUUCCUGCACUGUGCUCAAGAAUAUUGUAAACAUGUUGUAAGAAACCGGAGUGAUGAUCAUGCUGAAGCAUUGCCGACUAUUAUUAAAGAAAUUAUCAGUACAAACAGCGUUUACAUUGAUACACGUGAUUACGAAAAUCUGGAUUCAGAAGUAACGCGAAGCUUCCAAGAAUUCUGUAUCCUAAUGUGGUUACUUGAUGUGAGGAACGAACUUGCUCUUUCAUCACGAAAAUACAGUAAAGUGAAGCAGAAUCUAUCCCCAGUUUCAAAAGACGAGGAAAGACAAGAAGUUUUCAAACAUUGUACGGAUGUGUUAGUGUGGUUGCAAAAAUUGUUGCCAUUUUCUAAUUUUCUUGAUGCUGACGCUGAUGUGUUGGAUGGUAUUCUCACUUUGCUCUCUGAAUCACCUCUGACUUAUGAAACUGUUGAUAUUCUCGCACAACAUUUCCACACUCCUGAUCCCGCCAUGACUAUACCUACCACAGAUAAACUAAAUAGAAUGACUCGAAAGAUACGCAAUUAUGAUGAGGAGUUUGAAAAAGGUGAAUCACUUACAGUUCGAUUUCAAAAGCAGUGUAAGAAACAAAGAAAAGAGAAGAAAAACGUUCCUGUGCAGCUUGAGAAUCAAUUCUUAGAAGUUCUCCCUGAUUUCUGUGAGAAUCUUGACUUUCAACAUGAUUUUGCUUUCCUGCGCUUCCUGGACACCUUUCUACUCAUCACUUUAGCAAAGAAUGUUACAAGCGAGGAUUACAAGAAAGUACCGUUGAUUCUUCCAUAUAAAGAUAUGCCGGUACUCGAAGCAGACUUGUCUUCAGUGGAGACAAUGGCGAGGAGGAAGGUAAAGGCUCCUGGAAAGAGUAGCUUGAGAAUCCAACGGAGUGAAAGUUUUCAUGACGUAGGAAACAUAAAGAAAAGAACAGAAAGUGGUUUGUUUUCAUCAGAUGAUCACGACCUGAAUAAGCAUACACCAUUAAAACGUACCAAUAGUCUGAUUGACUUGCGUAGAAUUCAAAUAUCGAGCUUUAGCGAGGAAUUACAAGCGUUUUUGCCUAAACUCUUGUGGUUGAAACGCUGGUGUUUGAUAGACGAAACCCAGAAAGGAAAUCCAGCAGUCAACAGGAGUUACUCAUUUUUAAAUACGACUACCUCACCGACUGCUAUCAGAGUACAGCUCCCUCUCAAACUUGUUGUUAAUACCUUGUGGUUGUUUGAGAAUUAUUACAACGAUUUUGCCAAAGCAAAAGGGAAGUGUGUGCGAGGGAAACCAUCCCGUGUAAAAAAGAAGAAAAGAUCCUUUAAGAAAGGAGUUCCGCCAUUAAAUAUGAGGAAAGAUGAUCCGGUUGAAGGUGAGUCAAAACAGGAUGGUGAAGUUCUACCUGAGACUGCAGUGGAAGUGGAAAAAGGCAAAGCAGAGUUACAAGGUUUUGUAAGCAGCAAGGGAGCUGAUGAUCCUUCUUUAUUUGCUGCCGUUUCGCAAGAGGACAACAUGGAAGAAGCUGGAAAAUCUUUUGAAAAAAGCGAGGUACAAGGAUUGGAGGCAAAAAGCAAAAAACAUGCCAAAAUGGAUGAGCAAAAUCUCCUAAAUGUGGAGUCUUUUAGUGAGAGGGGGUCACAAGAUUGUGACACUGUAAGACGAAGACGCAAAAGAGGAACAAAGAAUCAGGAGAUGAGGAAACACGAAGUAGAAAAAAGUUUGACACAGGAAAAAUUUGUAGAUAGCACAGAUGAAACUAUGGGAGUAAAGACGAACGGCCAAUUGAGCGCAACCGAAAGAAAAAAAGAAAGACAGAGAAAAGGAAUCAGAAAUAUUUCAGUUAUUCUUGAUCACGACGAGGCAGGUAGAUCUGACUCACAAGGUAAUACUAAUAUUACUGAAGAACAAGCCGAUUGUCGCCAUAAUCGUCCCUUGAAGAAAAUACACGCACCCAUAUUAAACCAAACGGAAGGAGAAAUGCGGGGUAUUGCAAGUAUGUCUGGAGUAAGAAAUAAGAACUUCUCUCCAACCUCAUCUUCAUUAGGUAGCAAGUGGAAGAGUUUUGGAUCCAUCGACGGAGAUAUGCCUUUGUUUUCUUUCACAUCUCAAGACGACUCUAAAAUCGUUAAUGGUAAGAAAUAUGGAUCUUUAAGUGAGAUGGUAUCUGCAAGUGAUGUUAACGAAGCUGGUGUAGUUGGUGCCUAUCCAAGAAUCUUUAGUGUGGAUGACAUGUCGCUAUCCUCUGAGUCAUUGAGUGUUGGACAGAUACGUAAUAAUGUUGCAGUUAAAAUGAAACUCGCAGCUAACAUGAAUUCGGAUAGUUCGGUUACAACUGCAAGCAACUAUAAACAGACGAGACAUCGAAAAACAACCAAAAGAAAAGUACAAAAAGAAAGCAGUAGUUGCGAUUCAGCAGAGCAGCCACGAGUGAAGCCUGUCGAUGAGGGGGAUUUGUUAAGAAGGAUAAUUAGAUCUGAAAUGAGAAAGUUUAUAAAGGCGCAACAGGCUGAACACAGAUCGCAGUCAUCGACAAUUAAUACAACUGAAGAGAAUUCAAGUGCUUCCAUAUACAAAGACGAAUUACACAGGACAAACAAUACUAGGAAAAGUCGAUUUAACCGGAAAAUAAGGCAAGAACCUUCCACGUCUUCUGGAAAGAAUCGUGGCAAAACAAAGAAGGAUCCUGUGUAUGCAUCAUCUCAACAACAAUAUAGAGACAGUCAGACAUCAUCAGCUCCUGUAUACAAACAAGCAACGAGUGAUCAAGGAAAAAUAUACCAACCUUCUACGGAUGAGGGUAAAACAUCACAUCACAAAUCAUCCACCAAUCAUCACGAUACAGUGGAAAACUCUCCUCGCCCACCUGACAUCAAUGAGCUCAAACUCUCCGAAGCAACGGCUUUUGUCCCAAACACUUGUCCAAGCAAUGAUAAUAGUGGAAUAUUGAAUGCUGCAGCACCAAACCAAACACAGGAGUCCGCUCACUAUCCCUUUCAAGUGUUUCCACCAAUUGUCAGUGACGUUCAAUUUCCAAGCGCUACAGGAUGGCCAAUUUGGUACAAUCCAACACUCCCCCCUCCACCCUGGCUUUGGUCAAACGCUGCUCCGAGAGUUAACAGUGACAAAGGAACACAAGUUGAGAAAAUUGAACAAGAUCAUGUGACUGAGAAUACCCGGACGAAACCUUCCGUAGUCGAGGUACCGUUGACAAACCAGGCGGUGGACUCCCAUGAUAAUAUCAAAGACAAAAUAGUUAGUGUUGCUGUCCAAACAACAGAUAUUGUGGACAAGAAAGAAGAAACUUUAAUCAAACGUGAUAUUAGCAGUGAAGAACCAACUCCGAAUAACGUUCCUUUCUUGUUAUCACUAAAAGACCAAGUUGAUGCCAGCAAUGAAGACCACGAGAUGAAAGAGCCAGAUACUGCGAACUACAUUCUACCUCCACAGAAAGCACAAGCAUCAAACACAGGCGAUGAUCACGAGAAACACAAUGUUUUCACAAAAGACCUAUCCGAUGUUGAAUAUUCGAAUGACACGAGAGAUCCUAAAAUGAAUAUUGCUCCCACAAAUGACGACCCUUUCACAAUUCCUCUUCUAAAAUUUCCAACUGAAGUUCAUAGCCAUACUCCAGACUCAUUACCAUUCAAGAUUGCUUGGCCAGAACACGCCGACCCACAACGAGUUCCAGAUAGAGAACUACCACUAUUACAACUCAGUAAUAACGAACAAACUCAAGAUCCGGCGGAAUAUUUAUCGUUCCCAGAACAAGAACCGAUGAUAAGGCAUUUUGAAAACACUCCUUUCCUGCAUUUCUCCAGACGAGACAACGAAGACAGAAAUUUCGAUGAUUUUCGUUUAGUCCAAGUACCUGAAAAUGACGAUUUUCAGUUUCCAUUACUUUACCUACCUGAAACAGAUAUGGUCCCACCUAACCUUUACCCAGAGUUUGAAAGUAGAUAUGCCGGUGAUCCCGAGAAAGACAAAUCAGGAAGAAAUAAAGGAAUUUCAGACAACGAUGAAUUAGUAGGCGAAAGAUCAAAAGCAAGGGUAAAAAGACGAAACCAGCUGUAUAUGAAUGUCACCGCAAGACCAACUGGUGCGCCUUUCUCAAAGAAAACGUCCAGAGAUGGUCCUUUUGAAGAGGCAGCAGGUGAUGCCACGCAUGUAACUGUUCAGUCUAACGAUGAGAAAUCUGCUUCUCGUAAUGGCAAAAGCAAGAAAAUGAAACCAAGACGUCGUAAGUUAAAAGAACUUAAUGACAUCAUUCGAGAUCUUCAACGUGACGUAACGAACGAUGAUGACCUGAUUGUUUCUGAGGUAUCUUCAAUAUUGAGCCCUGGGGUACGCUAUGAGAAUUUCGAAACAAAACCCAGUAAGAAUUACAAUGAACCUGGAAGUACAAAGAAAAUACCUACCAUGAUGUCGCAUAAGGAUGAAAGGACGCAUAGAGGAAGCAAUGUAACAUCAACAGCAUCUUCACGUCUUCACAGACCUUCACAAGUGUCUGCUCGUGAUAUUCACACUGAAAUACCGUCUUAUAUUCCGGAACCGUCAAUAGCUAUUGAUGCGAAAGUUGGUACAGAAAAUGUUCUUCGCUUUCCAGUUUCUGUUCAAACUGACACGAUGGUGGACGUUGCUCGAGAAACAUUUUCUAGUCCACGACACGAAACAACUGAACCUAUUGUUGAGACCAGGAAACCCAGAGUUCAAACUAGAGAACUAAGCAUUCAAACAGAGAAAGAAUACAAAAAUAUGCCAGCCAGGAUCGACACGUGUGACGUUGCCAUUAACACAGAUAACAUACAAAAACAUGAGAGCAAAGCUGCAACCAGUCUUUUCCCUCGUGUCCCAACUGAUGUGUACCUCGAUAUUCAAGACAUCGAUCAAAAGCAAUCAGAAAUCACUUCAUCGUCUAAAGAUGCAGACCGAGAAAAUGGACCGAGAAUGUUUCUUAGUGUUGUCGAUGUUACAGAGGAGGAUGUGAGAAGGCAAACACAGGAUAAAAAGGAAGCUAUUGUUGAAGAGAAAGAAGAUAUUGAUUAUCGUAAGAAUGAAAACACGCCUAAUGUUGAGGGUAUAAAGAAUUAUAGUCCCGUGUCACCGACGUCCCAAACAUCUGAGAAAAUAUUGGUAAAUGACAUUGAAAAAGGUGAUGGUACAACAGUUGCUGUUUUCUCUCCAAAGGACUUCCAAAGCUCAAGAUUGAAUCAGCAAACUAGCCGUGGUAAUACUCCAAAUCAAGCACAAAGAAUUUCGAAAGGAAAGCUCUCACUGCAACUGCAAGAAAUGAAUGAACAGUUUGAUGCUAUUGAGGAGUUAACCCAGAAUAUGGAACAGGAUUUACAAAGGUCAAACAGAUUGCUACGUACCAUUGAGAAUCUAAACAGGGUUACUGAUCACGCACCAAAAGUCGACAAGUGGAAGAGAGAUGUUGAUGAAAACGUUGAAGGAGGAACCAGAAAGCAAACACGCAACGCUGCUAAAGUCAAUACAAGGAUGGCGAUGUUUCCUGAAACUGAGAACACCAAUUAUCAUGGUGAAUUGACGGAUGAAAACGAAAUGUCACAGAAAAGCAGUCAUGUUCAAUACGAGCAUAAGAAAUCAGUUUUAAACACUCGUCCUUGGGUUAAUAAACCUAUGGAAGAAUUAACAAACUUCGCCCCCGAUGAUCGCAAUGGUAAACUUCAAGAGAGAAGCGUUGAUUCUCUGGAGAACAGUCGGGAGAAAACGCCGAUAAAGACUAAUGCUGCAAAUAUGUCUGAUGCCUCGGACGAAACGUCAAGCUCUAAAACUGACUUUACAGAUACGAAACUCAAUGGUGAUUCAGAGGAAUAUAAGGAUAAACGGGAGGGUAUUCAAAGCCGGAGGAGUAGCGAAUCAAGCCGUCCUAUCAACAUAUCGGAGUCACGCGUAAAGAAGUCGGAGCUGUCUGAAACUAUCGGAGCUGAUACAUUUAAGCUAUCACUAACGCCUGAAGACGUAUUAAAUAUCUCUAGAGAAAAAUUGACAGAAAUUUUGAUGGGAACAGCGACCCCAACUGUCGCUAAAACCAGAAGUCGCGAUAAAACCCCCCAGAAACAAGAAGAGUUGCGAGAGUGGAUGGCGAGAAGAAGAAAACUACGACAUAAAGAAUGGAGUCAGAAACUGGAUGAAAAGAGAGAGACAGAGUUCAAACCAUUCCAGAGUAAAAUACAGAAAGAGAAAGUCCAGCUAUCGUCAAAGAAACUUAAAAAGUGCGAAAAAGAAAGGCAAGAUAAUCGAAGAACGCAAAAAAAGGAACAUGUCGAUGAAAGAUUGCUGUCCGCUUACGAUCUUAUGAAUGAAAUGGUUGCAGAGCACGCACCAAAAAGAGCUCCUUUAAUCACUCAAAAUUCUGUGACAAAUUCCCAGCGUAAAACCGGCAAGAAAACAACUCGGGUGAAGGCAAACAAUCGCUACAAGGAGAACAGAAAUCUCGACCGUAAAAAAGGAAGAAAGAAACCAACUGAGAAAGCAAACUGGAAAUCAACGAGAGAACUUUCUAACACUCGAACCAUUCCUAGUCAGGCUGGCUUGACAAGGUUAAACAGUUCAGUGAAUACGGAGCUUAGCGUGCAAAACAGCGAUUUACCAGAAGUAUAUCAUCAAUACACGGGGGUAGACCAUUCCUUAGAUCCACGUGUUGAUGAAUUGCUCGAAGAUGUGUCUCUGGGUGACCCCCUUGAUUUCCAGAGAUUAGAUAAUAUUGAUAGUCUGCUCAGUGGAGAUAGCGAACUACGAGAUUUGUUAAACGAUGUCAUAGAAAACAAACAAAGUCGUCGCAGUUUGUUGGAAACCGACGGAAACCGAAGGAACUCGAUGGAAGGCAGAUGGAGGGAUUCAAGCCCGUUUGACGAAAAGAGAAUAAUGUUGGAUACUUUCAAAGUAGAUCGAAUGGAGAAGGCGAAAGAUUCACAUGAGAAACAUCCUGACAUUUUAUCAGUGAAUGAAGAGGACAACUUAGAAAUGUCUGAUGAAGUCGCUGCACUUUUGGCGGAAGCCAAAGCAGCAAUUGGGGAUGAUUUUUCAGGAACAAGCGAAGUUGGAGAUAUUGAUUGGAAUGAAGUUGACGCGGUGUUAGAACAAAAUAAUUGAUGUAGAAGAUAGUAAAGUUUAUGCGUCUAUUACUUCUGUUUACAUCUCCAAAUGUAACGUAAAAAUAACUGGAGUUGCAUGAUCAUAUAGAAAAUUGACUUUUUCGUGUGUUAAGUCCAUUUGCUGCCACUUGAACUACUGUACUGUUGUAAAUGCGUGAAGGGUGUCAGUUUUAAAAAUA